ACAGAUUUACUGGCUAGCAGGGGAGUUCACCUGGAUUCUCUCCGACUCCGAUUCAUAUCCUUCAACCGCCACGACAUCGCCAAUGUCCCUCACCUUCCUUCGGCCCUUCCUCCCCCUCCUACGCACCACCCGUACCCGCGCCUUCAGCACCACUCUCGUAGCCCGGAACUCCCCUCCCCAGAAUCCGGAACCCGAAGGCCAACUGACAGAAGGCGAGCGUACGAUCGCUUCCAAGCUGCGGGAGGUGUUCAGCCCCAGCCGGCUAGACGUGGAGGACGUUUCUGGGGGAUGCGGCACUUUUUAUGCGAUCACUAUACAGAGCAGCGCUUUUAGGGAUAUGACGCUCGUGAAGCAGCAUAAGCUCGUGACGAAGACUUUGAAAGAGGAUAUAGAGGGGAUACAUGGGCUGCAGCUGAAGACGAUACCUGAGCCGAGUAGUUGAGGAAAUGGAGGAGGGUGCUUCAUAUGGACUAGACGUGAUGAGACCACAAACUGUAGCGAUGAGUAUUAUUC